AAACGUAAUCCAAAGGGGGCAUAUAAAGAGCAGCUCGUCAGCUCAGAGCUCAGCUCAGUUGAAUACUCGUAGCAUCGAUUGUCAGUCCAGCCUUUGGGAUGACCAACAAUCUUACUCUCGCACUGUUGCAAUUGCCGGUGGGCCCUGAUGUGGCAUUGAACGUGCGUCGAGCGGCGGAGGGCGUUGCACGGCUGAAGGCGGAUAAUCCGGAGCUGCAGCUGGCCAUUCUGCCGGAGAGCUUCAACGCGCCGUACGGCGUAGAGUACUUUGCCAAAUACGCCGAGUCGAUACCGGAUGGGGCCACAUGCCAAGCGCUGUCGCGCCUCGCCCAGAAGCUGGGCAUCUACAUUAUUGGGGGCAGCAUCGUGGAGCGCGAGGCGGGGAAACUGUACAACACCUGCACCGUAUGGGCGCCCAACGGCAGCCUCAUCGGAAGGCAUCGCAAGAUUCAUCUGUUCACCAUGAACAUUGAGGCCGCUCACGCUGGGGGCGUGCAGUUCGACGAAGGGGCUGCUCUAACGGCUGGCUCAGAGCUGACGGUGGUGAAGAUUGGCCAGCAGAAGGUCGGCAUUGGCAUCUGCCACGACAAGCGCUUCGAGGAACUGGCUCGGCUCUACCGCAACAUGGGCUGCUCCAUGCUGGUCUAUCCAUCCGCCUUCUGCAUCUGCCAGGGGCCCAUGCACUGGGAGCUUCUGCAGCGGGCCCGGGCCACGGACAAUCAGCUCUUCGUGGUUACCUGCUCGCCCGCCAGGGACAAUAUGUCGGGCUAUGUGGCCUAUGGCCACUCGAUGAUCGUGGACCCCUGGGCCCGGGUGCAGCGCGAGGCGGGCGAGGGAUGUGAGUUCAUCGUGGAGCGAAUCGACUUUGACAUGGUGGAGCAAGUGCGUCGCCAAAUUCCCAUUUACCAGCAGCGGCGCACCGAUGUGUACGCUGCGGCCAGAGCCGACCCUUAAAGCUCGGCCCCACAGCGAAUUUCAAUUAAAUAAUGAAUAGAGAACAAUUAAUAGCAGCGGGAGAGCAGCGGAGCAGUUCACUGAUACGACUUGACAUGCUUAUCGCCACAGAAACAGAAACUGAAACUGAAGCAUACAAAAUUAUGAAAAACAAAACGGAACGCUACGUUCGUACAUAUCACAUUAUAUUCCGACUUGAAGGUACCCGCUAUA